AUGUAUCUAGAUUACGAUAGAGUCGAGUCUUCUAUCUUCUUCCUAUUUGCCUUCCUAGCGAAUCUCCUGCCAUGGAGUACACCUAAACCAGUACCUUUUGCCAUCCAGGAGCCGAUCAGUACACAAUCACCAAGCACCAGAGAAAUUCGAAAAUACAACUUCACGAUUAAGCGGGGAAUUUUCCCGGGGCCGUUAAUCGAAGCCAAUUACGGCGACACGAUAUCGGUGACCGUUCAUAAUGAGAUCGAAGAUCCAGAAGAAGGAACAGCAUUACACUGGCAUGGCAUUCUUCAAAAGGGUACUCCUUGGUUUGAUGGGGUUCCAGGGGUUACACAAUGUCCUAUCGCGCCGGGAAAGUCUCUUGAGUACACUUUCAAAGCAGAGCCGUAUGGAACAUCUUGGUACCACGCACAUUAUUCGGCUCAGUAUGCCAAUGGUAUAUUUGGAGCAAUGGUUAUUCACGAUCCGAAACACGUGAACUACGAUAUUGAUAUGGGUCCAGUCCUCUUGACGGACUACUUCCAUCGUUAUUAUCGCGACGUAGUCCUAGAAGUGCUACGGCCUCGACCGUUUCCAGCUGCGCCACCUAGCGAUCUCAACCUGAUCAAUGCAAAAGGCGACUGGCGCUGCACAGACUCUCUCGGUAGUGCACCCUCUCCAGAUACCCACAAUCUCACCGAAUUUCGUUUAGAGCCUGGGAAGAAACAUCUCCUGCGAUUGAUCAACGCCGGUGCCGAGGGGAUGCAACGCUUUAGUGUCGAUAACUUCACCCUUGAGGUCAUUGCCAAUGACUUUACCCCAUUGCAACCAUAUAAUACCAAUGUUGUGACUCUUGCUGUAGGUCAGCGUGUGGAUGGUGUACUCACGGUCCCUGAAGACCAUGUUGAGCCAGUCUGGGUGCGCUCCUAUAUUAGUGAUCUAUGCUCGUUUACAAACCACCACAGCGCACAUGCAGUUGCAUACUUUACGGAUGAUAUAAUAGACGUGAUGCCGAGUACUAGUGGCCACCCAAUCGAUGACAGUGACUGUGGAGGAUAUUACCAAACCUUUCUAUCCCAUUGCCGCCGCAAAAGAGCCCAAUCAUUUCAAGGUGCUAGAGAUUGGAAAUAUUAUGAACGCCACCGGACAAUGGGUCUGGCUUAUGAAUGGUUACGUCGCAGAAGCGGACCUAACGAAUCCAGUGUUGUUUCUUGCCAACAAAGGCGUGCAAAGCUUCGGCACCAGUGGAAUGUUUUUGAUACUGGGAAGGCGCGGACAAUUCGAGUAUUUCUGAAGAAUCCAAUCGAUUUUCCUCAUCCGAUGCACAUACAUGGUCAUAACGUCAAGAUUCUCGCCGAAGGUGUCGGAGAAUGGGAUGGCACUAUCGUCAACCCUUCUAACCCCAAUCGCCGCGACACGCAGAUGAUUCGCUCCUUGGGAUAUAUGGUGUUUGAAAUUGAUGACGUUGAUAAUGCUGGUCUCUGGCCAUUUCACUGCCAUAUCGGCCCUCACCUCUCUGCUGGAUUCUCGGUGACAUUAAUGCGUGAUCCGGAUCAAUUGGCAAAGAUGACAGUGCCGUAUUCUAUUAAACAGACAUGCGUAGACUGGAUUGCACUUAAGGAUCGCGUACCUGACCAGAUCGAUUCCGGGUUGCAGGUCGAUGCGUUCGAGACGGAAAAGAUAUAG